AUGUCUGGAGCGAUUGAGCGUACCGAAGUUCCUAGAAAGGUACUUUUCGCACAUGAAAUUAAAAUUAAAAAGUUAGGACGGUAAGUUCAGUGGGCAAAAUAUUCUCGAGUAAAGUAAUGCACUCAUAGUGACUCAAAAUAUGAGCAAAAUUACUCAAUUUUAUGAGCGAAAAAUUACUCGUUUUUUCGAGUAAACUGUAAACUAAAUAUUUACUAAAAAAAUUGAGUAAACUUGAAAAUUUGACUAAAAAAAAUUGAAUAAGUUUACUCGUAUAUUUUAGUAAUUUUUCUCAAAAUUUUGAGUCACUAUGUAUAAUUAUGAUUGGAAAACCAUUAAUCAUUAUAUGUUGCUUUCGAUUUUUAUUUACGUUUGUUUCAGAUUGGAUUUUUCCAUUUAUCCCUUUGAACAACCAAAAAUGAAGCAUAUGGUAUCUGUCAAGGUAACGUGAAUUCAUAUCUGGCUGGAAAUAGAGAAAUUCGCCUUCUCUCCCCUUUAACCCCUUUCAUAUCCUUCCCUGAUAGGGCGGUCGAGUUCGCUCCGUGCCAAAUUAAAUAGAGUAGUUUUCAGCAGUUUCAAUUUAGUUCGCCCAAAAAGUCGUUCAAUGACAGACAAGCGAAUCACUCUACAGCAAUUAAAGUGUUCCAAAAAGCUUUUUUUAUGCAUGUAAACAACGUUUUAACACAAACUAGAGUAGAGUAGUAUUAAAGCAACUUUAUAAAAAAAGCUUCCCAAGGUCACGUAUUUAUAGUUUCGUUUGAAUGGGAAAAGAAUUAUUCGAGUCUGUUUUUCGCGAGCGGACCCAUCUCAGCUGUCUGCACUGUUGGUUCCCUGCAAAGCCAUAUAAUCUUGAUAAAUGAAGUAUUUUAAGUAUAGGAAAUUCACUUUUGGAAUGCAGUCUUAGUAUAUUGUCCUACUGCUUGACUUAAUUGACUUUGAACUUCGUGAAUAAUAUAAAAAACGUGCUUGAUAAUGAAAACAAGAGCUCCUUUUGUCUUUCAUACGUUUAUCUUAAUUGCGAAAUACGUUGCAUGCCUUGUAUGCAAAACAGUUCGAGGAAGUUGGCAAGCUCUGUUUUGUAUUUGCGUACAUUCGACUCGAUAAUGCCGCUAAUUACCUGUAUCUUUCAAACUAUUCUCGUUAGUUGAGCGCUUUAGCCCACACUGUGUCAGAAAACGAUAUUUUCACAAGCAGACAUUCCAUUUUUGGCAAAACCGGAUGUCUCGCUGUUUACAAUUAUUCUUAAUAAGGUCUUAUCUGCCUAAUUACAUACGACCUCUGAUUGGCUGCGACAUCAUUAUAAGCCGCGUUGUCAAGGCGACCGUUCCAAUCACUAAUUAUAUCUUGCCACGAAUAUGAAUAAUUAUUUUCCCUUGUGGCGAAACGAAACUAUCGCAAAUUAAUACAUUCGUUUACAUAUUUCGUGCUUUUACUUCCAGAAAUCAAAACUAAAGACGUUUUUCUCUGAAUUUUGGCUUCAGUUACAAGUUGGCGAAAGCAAACAGGGUAGCAGCAGCUCCGAUUAUAAACGAGCGGUCUUAGUACGUAUGCAAAUUUGUUUAAUUUAUGUUUUUUCUUAAUCAGCGUGUCUCGUUAAAGUCGGAGCGGUUGAUUGGCUAUAGUUCAGUGUUUCUCGCUCAAAAACUCUUCAAGAAGCUGCUUUUGUUCUUAUAGAAGAUUCGCGUUGUUUUAUUAAGGUAAGUUCUCGACUCAAACGCGUCCAGGCACGAAAAUUUGGAGUCUAAAUUCUCCUUAAUGAUGCGUUAAUCAAGCGACUUUUGAAAUGUUCGUUCGUAUGCAUAGUCAAUUUCUCAUUAUUUCAUACUUGUCUGCGGUAAGCAUCCCUUAUCGUAAUUUUGCUUGCUUCGUUAUAAAGUUGCUGUAACCUUUACUGCUAUGCUUUAUUUUGUUUAUAAUGCAAGUUAACGAAGUUUAUUAAUACGGUGUUAAAGAGCCUUCGUGUUCGAAUUUUAAGCCGUCGAAGCCCGCAUGUAAUUUAAUAGUCGUUUGAAUUUAAUGAAGGCAGAUUACGGCUUAAGUGAAUAAGCAAACUAGCGAACCCAAGUAGUCAUAAUGUACCUUAAAAAUUUGGCAAAAACAAGAUUUGUGUAUUGUAUCAGUACAAAUAAUUUGCUUGUUUAAGGAAGCAACAAUGUUGUAUUUCUUGGUUAAUUAGCGAUGGAAACCUAAAUAUAUUUUUAAUGAUUCGUUCUUGCUGCGCUUGUAUAUUAAAUGAUACAUAUUAUAUAGUAACAAUAUAUAUAUAUGGUUUUGUUGAAUUUCGAAGUACUAUCAUGAAAGAAUAUAGUUCAGAACAGCAUUUGUGACAAUUAAGGGCUCAAAUUAAUUUCAUGUGAAAGGCAGGCACACGGCAGCUGACUUAUUAAGCCCCCGCGUGAAUAGAGCGAGUUUCCGUGACAGGUUUGAAUUGCCACUUGAGUUCGUCGCGCUAUAAUCCUAUAUGCUUGCAGUUGGCAGCUUUUGCUAAGAAAUACACAUGUUACAUAACUAUUAAUUUAUCUCUGUACGUUAUGCUCUCGUUAUGGCUGAUGUUGAAAAGCUGGCUUUAUAUCUAGAAAAUUAUUUAUAGCUUUAAAAAAUUCGUCACAAGGAAAGCUUUAUCUCUAAUCCGGCGUGGGUUGUACGUGUUUCACAUAAAACUACACUGAUAAAACGAAACAUAUUCCGAACAAUAACAUCUUGGAAAGUCAAAAUCUGAGUCAAAACAAGAAAAAACAUAUAGAUUUAAUUCAACAAAUUAAUCUGUUUUGCGUGAUGUUUUGACUUGAAUGUUGCCUGAUUGUGAUUGCGAAAGACCAUGAUAUAUUGUUAUCGGCUAGCACGGCUUCCUUUGUUAUAGCGCUUUUAUAAAACAGAAGUAACUACAGUACCAUGUUAUACGGAAAUGUACUUCCCAGACAAUAAAAGAUACAAGUGUGGGUCUCCGGCCGCAAAAUCUAAAAAGCUUUCUCCGAAAACAGGGACGCCGGAAACGAUGUGAAGGCAAGGGGGGCAGAUUUUCGUGAAAGGGCACUUUUGAAUUGAUAUUUUCUAAGAGAUGUUUGCAAAACAUCGGGAGUUGAACUUCGCCUAAUCAUGUUUUCUAUUUAUUGGAUGAUAGGAGUGUGAGGGGGUUCUCCGCCAGGCGAUUGUGCUAUUCUUGAAGCUCGAUGACUGCAUUUCUUGCGUUUUUUUUGUUUUGCGUUUUUUUUCUGAAGCAAAUUCGUAAACGAAUUGCACUGACUAUUCGCUACAAUUCGCUAAUUGCACUGACAAUUUCUGACAAUUCGCUAUUUCGCCAAGGCUAUCCUUUAAAUUGAAAGGGCACCUUUGCCCCCCUUGCCCCUCCUGGUAAAGGGCAACGGGGGCGGCUGCCCCUCCUGCAAACCCCCCCCCACCCGAGUUGCGGCGUCCCUGCUGUAGAGUGUAGGUCACGUGGUUAAUUAGCGGCGAGGACGCACAUUUUGCAGGUUUCUGAAAUUGGCUCUGCGGAGAACAGCGAGAAAUAUCGAAUCACAAUUUAUAAGCGCAGACAUUUUAAACAACAUUUUUCGUGCCUGAAAUUGCGUCGCAAGUUGCAGCAGAUACUGUUGCAUGUAACAUUCCCUGUUCAAAAUUAUAUAAUAUAUUCAAGCUAUAGAUGAGUCAAUUACUGUAAAAUAGGGAUUCUUAUUCACCCAAAACCAUAAUGUGAAGCUUUAGAAUAAGGUAUAUAAAAUAUUUGAUGUCUGCGUAAUUCGGUUUGCUGGUUUCCGAACAUUUUUUUCUGGAAGACAAAAACAUGCAUCUUGCUAUAUUUAAAUAGGGUAGCAAGUCUCCCAUGACUUCUGCGGUAACUCGCGUACUUGUAUACCGGAGAUACGCCAAUAUUGCUGUAUUUCAGUCACGUACCUAGCCCGCUGUGUACAGACUGUAUUAUGUUGUAAUAAUACACAUUCUGUACACAAGCUACCACGUACCAUGAAGUUUGAACUUCGUCACUUCGAUCUUAAAAUUGGCCUGAAGUGUAUAGACCCUUCAGUACGUCAAUUGGCUAUGGAGCCUCGCUUUCGUGUAUGUGAUAUCAGUGAAAGACCAACAUCUCAAUCAUGAAAACGAGGCCUUGUAGCCAAGGUAACUGGUACUUUCCGGAGGGGUGUAUUACUGUAAGACCUUUUCUGUCAUGACGUCCUAUCCCAAAACAUUUUGAUAUUUUUGAAGCUCUAGGACUAGGCCUGCAUUUACAGCGUUUUGUGAAUUGAACCGCAAACGAAUUGUGUUCAAAUUGUAUUUGUGCACAAAAAUUUUUUUGUACCAAAUUUCAGUUCUGUAGAGCUUUGCAAAGACGGAACAGAUGUUUUCAUUUAACUUAAUGUUUUAUUUUAGUUAUCAAUUUACAAAAUAUAACGAUUUUAUUACCCACAUUUUAUCUGAAAAUUCCACAUUUUAUCUGAAAAUGUCAAUAUUUUACCCUGUAUUUCUCCUGACUUUUUUUGAGGGGGGGGUCUUUGCCCCGAGGGAAAUAUCAGUCCGGGUAAUAACAUUACACCCUGCUUAUGACGUCACGCACAUCCGAGUUGAGAAUAUAAAACGUGCCACAUACCUUCGUGAAUAUGUUUUAUUUUUUAUUAACGCAAGUAUUUGUCAAGUUUAUUUCGAAUCACAUAUCGUUUGGAAUAUUGAUGAUAACAUUUUUCAAAAUCUGCAUCCUAAUUUAAAAAAAUAGCUUUCUUUGAAGUUUGAAAGUUCAAGAAUCCAUCACUUUAAAGCCUGGUUCACACUAGCAAUUUUGUCGGCGAUUUGUGUUCCUGACGGAUGCAAAUGAGUGAACUCGCACACAAAAGUAUAGAGUCACUUUUCUAAAGUAAACAAUUCUAAGUCUUUUGCAUGUCAUUCAUUCGAUCACAUUCGCCAGGAGGAGAAAAUUCACCGACAAAAUCGCUAGUGUGAAAAGUCGACCAUCUUGUUUGCGUGAUCGCCGCGCGUGGUUUACGCGAAUCAUAUCACCCCGGUCACAGAAUAAAGACAUACAGAAAUAGCUGGCGGCCAUGUUCUUAGCAAGAGCCCUAAAGAGAGGCAUUCACCCCCUGGAAUAUUAAAUUUUCAAUAUGUUUUCAGGGGGGUGACUGCCUCUCUUUCUUUAGGGCACUUGCUAAGAACAUGGCGGACUGAAAAAAUCCCUUACGCACUUUUAAUAAGAAGAUACACUUCUGUAUGUCUUUAUUCUGUGCCCCGGUGAUAUGAUCAAAUCACCUGCUACGUCAAAUACGAUGACCUAAACUUACGCCUGGUAUUCUAAAACCUUAUAACUCACACUCGAAGAGUGGAGGUUAAAUCUGAGUUUCCCUUGAGUGUCCAUGCUGUUUUUCAAUAGCUGGAGUGUGAGUAGUCAGAUAGUUAGGUACGACACAGUUAUUCAAAAACAGCAUUGAUACUCAAGGGAAGCUCAGAUUGAACCUCCACUCUUUGGAGUGUGAGUGAGCUUUUAGAAUACAGGCGUUAGCUUUUUGAUUGGACACUUUGAAUUUGAGUUCUAACAUUAAUUUGUAUCUUGAGUAGUUCUCGGGUCAAUCAAAUGCUAUAUUUUUAUUUCUGUCUAUUUUAAGCUAUGUAUAAGCUUUGCACUGAUAUUAUUUGUUAGUUUUCAAACGUCCACCCCGGUUGUAACGUCGUUUAAUUAGAUCUAAUUAUAAAACAAAAUGGCGGAUGGCAGGAUGUUUUGGAAAAGUGAAGAUAAUUUGGGAAAAUUUGUCACGAGGAUUUGUAAAAAAUCUCGACAUUCUUUCAAAUUAGGGUUGCCAUAAUUUUGGUAGCCAUUUUCAUUUAAAAACAUGUCCUUCCAUUUUUCCAGGAUUAAUUUCCAAACCAUGGAAUUGCAAGUGUGUCAGUAUGAGCCACCGACAAUGGUGGACAGACCAAUAAAGAUUGAGAGAGAGGAAGAUGAUGACUCGUGUGAAAACAGCGAGACAGAAAUCCCAUGCGUUUCAACAGUUCCUCUCCCAGCUGAUAAAAACACUGGUUCUUAUUAUUACCCAUCGCAAGCAGUGGUUGCACCUAGAACACCCAUGUAUACAACCGUGGGUAAAAUGGCUCAAAAACGAAAGACGGUCCAGGCCCUUGUGCAAGUAAGUUUUGAAGAAACUGUAUUCACAGUGGUAUGCGUUGUCACUUCUAAACUGUUUUCUCUAGAGGUUCACUACAGGCCAAUCCCUUACAUUAUUGCUCCAGUGUUACUACGGGAGCAAACUGUCCUGCCCUGAGAAAUCUGUGAUGGAUAUUCUUUUUACAUUCGAAAUACUGAGGAUUUUCGGAACACGAAUAGAAUGGAACGGAACACAACCACAUGACUGUUCUGAACUAGAACACCGGAAUUGACGUAAAAAUAUAUGCCGUCAAAUGCUUAUGAGGGCCACAAGUUCAUUAGUACUUCGUACUAUUAAGUGUCACCCUCUUUAAAUAAAGUCUCUAUCUAUCUAUCUAUCUAUCCAUCAAACUCUUUCUCUAACAUCUUCGAUUCCUAGUUUUCCCAUAACAAUUUCCCAAGUAUUUAACCUUGCAGUCCUUGCUGCAGCUGUGUUUCACGUCUGUUUACUGUAUUAAGGAAUUUUUCUUCUUUUCGUGUUAAUUCAUUCUGUUUUACUUUCAUUCACUUUCAGUGCAGAUUAUUCCAUUGCCUAUUCUCACAUCACUAUUAUUCUUCGCAGCAGACACAACUCCUCAGUCGUCUUCCGGAUCAUCCACGUCGAGGGGGUCUCCCAUGUUUCUUCUCAAUUUCAUUUAUAAUAAUUAAAGACAAAUUGACAUUUCAGGCAGCACUGAUGACUGCUGAUGAACCCAUCUUAUUUGAAGAAACAAUCUGGUGUAACAAUGCGAAAAUUGUCUUGAUUGGUAAGCCUUAUAAAUGGAUACUUCUCGAGUUUGCUUGAGGCUGAGAAUAUUGUCCAAUUUAGUCAUUGUCAGCAUCGACCUCGUACCAUUGUCUCGUGUACGGUUCUUGGUCAGUUUUUGUGAAUGUCAAUUUUAACCAUAGUCUAUCCAUCCUCGUUCCCAGGGUUUCUGCAGGCAGCCGAGAAGCCUUGGGAACGAGGAUGUAGUCUAUCAAGAUUCGAAGGUCUGGAAACUAAACAGAAGUCAUUGUGUUAUGUUUUUUCGAGUUUAUAUUAAUUUGUGCACGGUCACGGUGAUUGAGCUCAUUGUAUUUUCGCAUAAUGAAGUAAUCGUCCAAUAGAGAUAGCUGAGAUGAAAUAUUUAAUAUUUGAUGAAAUGGGACAUUGGAUUUGUGCACGGUGAGCUUCAGCUCAACAUCAAACAAAGGUCUUCUACUUUGCAGCUUUGAAGUUUGCCGGGCUUCCAAACCAUCAUAUCUUGAUGGAUCAUGCUUCAACCAAUACUUGGCUACUAUAAAGUAUAAUUUAUUUUAUUCAUGACUUGUUAGAUACGAAAACAAAGCAAGUAAUAGCUCGAGAACAUCUGAGAAAGGACAACAGUGCCACCACGGCACCACAAGCUAGCAAGACGACUGACUCCACUACAACAGGUAAAAUUCGCUUCCAGGUCGCGGUGUUCUUACAAGUAAAACCGUAGUUUCUCGUAGACACGGUAAAUUAUUAAAAUUUGUUUCGAGGUUGUCGGCAACAUAGAGGAGAAAGUUGUCAUCAUGUUCAACUUGUCAUUUCAUAUCAACUUAAUAAUAUAUCUUGCAACAAUCUCAACCCUUCUAACUUGUCAUUUCAUAUCAACUUAGUAAUAUAUCUUGCAACAGUCUCAACCCUUCUGAGGACUCUAGGUUUAAUCUCUGAUGGGUUCGAGUAACCAAAGCCUUGUUUUUAUUUCCAUUUUUAGUUGGCGGAACAAGAGAUACUCCUGGUCAACCAACUGGAAUCUCAAAACCCUACUCCGAACGUCACAAGACAGGUAGCACAACGACACAGUCCGAAACCGGAGAAACCAGUUUGUCAACUUCAAACACUAUUACGUCAUCUUCAUCAAGUCUCAGUACCUCGACCUUUCCCGCCAUUAGCACAAGUACUGCGAGCAUCUCGUCAGCGGUUGCUACCACCGCACUCCCCACUCGACCCGCACAAAGCCAUCCCGCAAGGCUUGAAACACCCUCUACGACAACUGCCACUAGACCGAGAACAUCACUGCUAAACAGCCUUCCUUCGGAAAGAGCGUUAGCAGAACCAUCUAAAAGCUUACCAGAAAAGCCCGCGUCAAAACCGACCACAUAUAAGCCACUUGCAGUGGCUCCAUCGGCUUCAAUCCGCCCUGAGCCUAACUCAAAAAUGGCCAUUUGUUUACCAAACAAGGCUUCAAAGACUGAAAGCUCUAAAGUUCGGGCAGUGUAUGUACCCAGAGAAAUCAAUUUGGGGGCAACGGAACUAAGACUUGAGGAUUGUAUUAAUGUUAAGGAUAUUUGCGAUAAGGAAUUGACAAAAUGGACUGCCGAAGAUGUUGCGAAGUUCGUACGAGCGACGGAUUGUUCCGAGUAUGCCCAUGUGUUUGUUGAUCAAGUAAGUACUAGUCACUGUGCUUAAUGCAUGUCUGGAGUGAUGCUAGGAAGGUGAGAAAACCAGGAAAUGAAUCUUUCAAUACUGGCUGUAACUUCUCCACACAUACAGAUUGAGAAUGAAUCAGUGAAUAAGUAAGGGUGUGGUAAUCAUCCUUACUUGAAGCUGAGAGCUCAAUUACGAAGGACGCAGCUCAACCUCAUUGAAUCGAAGGCUUUCCAAGGGCGCCAGCCACCUUAUGACUCGUGUCUGAUCAUCGAGCAUAGCUACGGUGAGGGAGUCAGUCUGGGGCUUACCCCCAACCCACCCUGUCAACAUUCCCUUCGGUAGAGCGUUGACUGACUCUUUUCUGUCCGCAGCGAGAAUCGAAGCUACGAUUUCAGAGGUGAACAGCGCUGCUCUGAAGACUGCGCCACCAAAGCCCAGCCCCCCCCCCGCCCUUGAAACUUGAGAAAAUAGUGCUUUGCUUGCAAGAAUCCAGGAAAGGAAAAUUUGUGUCUGCAACAAAUCUCUUGAAGCUAGAUAAACAGGGAAACAUGUGAUGAUUACAUUUUACUGUUUUCCAAAAAUUAAAAAUCAUCUUAAUUUAAUUUCCCGUUUCCCAAGAGCUUACUAAUUCUCGAUUGUAUCUUCUUAGGAAAUCGAUGGCAAAGCUCUGACAUUGCUCAACCAAGACUUUCUAAUCCAAUGGAUGAAGUUAAAACUUGGACCUGCCAUGAAAUUAAACUGUCACAUUAUAAAUCUCAAACAUUCGCUAAACAGUAGUUAACUUCAAACGUAUUUGUACAUAUAGUGGGUCCAACUGGUGCCUCGGAGCGCUGCGUCCCUAUCAUCGUGUAAAUAUUGUUCAUAUUGUUUAUAUUCUGUUCGACUUACCGAACUCAUAUGAGGUGGCAAGUGUUGCAGCCACAAAAAUUUUAGUAAAAAUGUAAAAUAGUCUUUCGUUUAAAUACCCCUCUGUUUCAGACCUGCUUUCUGCACGGGCGUAGAAUGGAACGGGAAAAGGUCCUGAAUUAGAAAAACGUGUAAAAUUCUUCAGCAACGAGAACAAAUUCCUGGGAGGAAAGUCUAAACCGUCCAGGUUUCGAGCAGCUAAAAACUCACCAGAAAGGCGAGUAUCAGGUCUGGCUUCACCAGGUCUGUUACGGAGAGUUAUUUUAAAAUCGGUAUAGGAGCAAUUCUCUGUAUUUUAUAGACCUGUAUACAUUUAGCCUAGACCAAAUUAGGUCUUCUAUUUAUAUUUCAGCGCUUUUUCACGAGUAAAGGCCCUAGGUCUUGUUGUCAACAAAGACAACAAGUUUGGAACAAGCUGUUAACAACUUGAAACAACCUUGUUGAUAUUAUCAGAAUUGUUGCAAGGUUGUUCCAACAAGUCGGAUACAGUCAUGGUAUAACAAUAUUGUUACAACCUUGUGUCGUCAACCUUGUAACAUUCUUGUUAUAUCAUGACUGUAUCUGACUUGUUGGAACAAGCUUGUAACAAGCUUGAUAAUGCCAUCAUCCUUCUAACAAAUUGUCAACAGCUUGUUACAUACUUGUUACAACAACUGGGAACAAGCAGUGCGAACACAACUUGUUGACAGCUCGUGAACAGAUUUGUAACAACUUUGUUUGCAAACUUGUGAUAACUUGUGCGUUUUUACGUGUGUACUUGUUCCCAGUUGUUGCAACAAGUUUGGAACAAACUGUUGAAAACUUGUAACAAACUUGACGACAUUAGAUUUGUUACAAGGCUAGGUUGUUCUAACAAGUCAUGAUAUAACAAGAAUGUUACAAGGUUGACGACACAAGGUUGUAACAAUAUUGUUAGAUCACAACUGUAUCUGGCUUGUUGGAACAACCUUGCAACAAGUCUGAUAAUAUCAACAAGGUUGUUAUACAACUGUUAACAAGUUGUUCCAAACUUGUUGACAACUUGGGACAAGCAGGUCGAACACAACUUAGUGUUGACGGUAGCCUCCUCCGCAGAGACAGCUUGUUGGCAGACUUGCUACAAGAUGACCCCACGCUACAUGUGGCUUCAACAUUGUUUAGUUCUUUGCUCCCCCCCUGUAAUAGUGAGAGAGCACGAUAUUUUUGCCCGGGUUUGAUUGGGGAAACCGGGGAGGGGGACGGAAUCAUCAAAAAUUGCGGGAACACUGAGAAUUUCAAACUGUAAACAUUUUGAAAAGUGUUUAUUCGACGUUUCGAAAAAACACUAAUGACUAUAAAGCAAUAAUGGAAAAGGAGCGAAAAUUUUACUUUGCAGGAAGUAUUCGAGGUGGCAGAGAAGACGUGGAAUUGUAUCGAAAAUUAAUCGAUUACAUUCAAACGUUUGGUAAAGUCCUAACCGAGCACAUUGCCUUGGACAGCUUGAAACCUUCAGGUAUAAUUUCAAUUCGCAUGAAAAGCCCAAGGCAGUCUAAGGAAACAGAAAGAUUGAAUAAACAUCAUUACUAGGAAAUGUUUGUCAUUCUGUCUGAAACAUUUGCCUGUGGAGUAAGUUACUUCAAUAAGAGUAUUAACAUAUUUUAGAAUUGGCCAGCCAGUUGGCAGUUGCAACAAAUACUGGCUGAAAACAUACACCUACAACUUGAAUGUUACAAUUACGUUCAAUGUUACAAUUAAUACAUUCAACAAAACUAGGAAAAGUUGAAACCAGUGUUGGCAAGACAACAUGUAACAUGGUUUUUCAUUUUUGGGAAAGAUGUUUGCUCUUGAAAAGGAAAUGUUGAUUCUGCAAAGUGGGUAGGCGAUGGGAGGAAUGUAUGAAUUGAGCAAUGUAUAGGGGAGGGGGUACUAUCUUGGAGGGAAACCAGAGGGAAAUUUUGGGAGAAUUGGCCCUCUAGCCCCCCCCCCCCAGUUUCUAUGCCUUGGCAAACAGGGACCAUAAAAUGUUUCCACAACAAUAUUUCCCAGUUUGCCCGCUGAACUUCCACUUUGCAGAAUACAAAGUAUGGCAGCAUCUUUAUAUUUUACAUGCAUGCGGAAAGGUCUUUCUAGCGUUGCAUGUCGCUGUUUCUCUGUUGCAACAAGGCCAGGGGGUGCGGCAAAGAUUUAUUUUGCAGCGAGCAUUCGUGCUGGACGAGAAGAUCCAAAGAUUUACAAAGAAUUAAUUGAAUAUAUUAAAGUUCAUGUUGAAGUGUUGUCUGAGAGUGAGCAACUGGGACCAAACAUUGAACAGGAAGCCAAGGGUAUCUCACUGGCAGUUUAUAUUUGAUUGGAGCAAUGACAAAUUUACACUAGAGAAUAAUGAUAUACCAAGGGAUAUUAACCCUUUAAGUGGCAAUGCACCCUGAUACACCCUACUUUAUUAUUUUACUCUGUCUAAUGGCCAGGGGCCAGUUGUAUAAAAAAGUUAUUAAAGUUAACUAUAGUUAGUGGAAACGUCAUCCAAUAAGAAGCGCGUAUUUGAGAGUUAAUCACUAUUUAACUACAAAAUAGUGAUUAAAAAAGUGAUAAGAGUUUUAUACAACCGGCCCCAGGGGUGAAACUACUGGGGGGUAGUUACAUCCCUGCCAACGAAAGCUUGUUAACUUGGAAGGGUCUAUUGGUUUGACAUUAUACAACUUUAAUUUACACAAGCAUGAGCCGGGAUAUUUAUUGUGUUUUUUACUAGGAGAAAUUAAUAAAGGUGACAAAUUUAUACAUGACAGGGAUAUGGCAUGGCUGGAUGAAAGUGAUGGUAAGCAGUUAUUACAGUGUUGAUAUUUAAUCCCUUAAGCUGCAUUAUGGCCUGCUUUCAUAUAUUUCACCCUAUCUAGGUUUCAUGACUCGUUAACUAAUCUGGGGGGGGGGGGGCUUGUGAAUGUUAAGAGUUACUGUAAUGAUUAUUAUGAACUAAGCAGACCUCCCAACUCUAUGCAUAUAGCAAGCCUGUCUAAACCAGGCCCAAUUCAGGACUAAUGUAUUGAACCUUGAUGCUAUAUCCUGACUAUUUUACUUGCCAGACAGACUUAACAAAGAAAAUCUCUAUAAUUAUUUAGCAAUAAUUGCCGAAGUAACACAACCAUCAUUGGGAGUGGGAUAUGAAAUUGGCCGAGCAAUUGAACGAGGAAAAACGAUUUUGUGUCUGUUUAGACCUGAGUCUGGGAGAGGUUAGUUUAUGAAAUGAAUCCAUUCAGAUCAAAUUGAAAUGAAAGACAGAUAAAAUGAAACUAGUAAAUUGAUAAUAUUAAUUUCAAAAUUGUGUAGUUCUGUCAGCCAUGAUUCGUGGAGCUGUUGGAGAAAACCUUCGGGUCAUGGAUUAUCAAGGUGAAGAGGAAGCCAAAAAAAUAAUCCGAGGUUUUCUCGAUGCAAAUAACUUAAUAUGA